UGGUGGUGUAAUUCCAGUCAGUCCCUAAGGAUUUACUCUUCACACUUUUUUAACUGGAUUUAACAAAACAAAGUCGUCUGUUGAAAAUAAAGUUCGGUAGGGAAAGCAUGGAGCCCACAGAACUAGCUGAAGGGGUGCCAGAACUAUCUGAGGAACUGGAAAGCUCUGGGUACACUUCUGGCACAUCUCCACUCAACUCACAGUAUGAGCUAUUGGACCAGGCCUUCCAGACUCCACUUGUUCUGUAUAGUGGUACCAGCAACAGAUCAGUUUUAAACUUUAGUCAACCAACUGUAAACGAGGGAACAAUACAAUUUCAGUUUGCAGAUGUUGAAGUGCCAUUGCCAGCCGUACAGUCGACGUAUUAUGUGUCAGAGGAGCAGCUGCUUCACCCAGAGCCAACCUUUGACCCAAGAUUUAACAUCUGUGUGACGCCACUAUGUGCAUUUAGCAAUCAAGUUCCUGAUUACAGACAGUACCUGUUUGACAUCAACCUGAGGCAGAAGGCUUCUCAAAGAAGUCUACAAAUCUGCCGCACAUGUUUCCAACAGAUUAUAUCCACCAGAAACCUGCCCUGUUUGUGUAAGGCUAACUGCCUGAUGUGUGCCCCAGAGAUGAGGAAAUGUUCUUCAUGUGGCCAGACCAUUCUGGAAUUUGUGCAUUUGGAAAUGUAAAUUUUCAUUUUUAAUUUAAGAUUUUUUUAAAAUAUAAAACAAAUAUGCAUGUAAAAAAAAUCCAGAUAAUGUUAUUAUUUUUUGCAAGCCUGUAGGCCUAUAUAGAAAUUUCACACACAGUUGCGUAAUUAGCAUUUAAUUUUUUUCUAAAGUUAUUAAUAAAGUGACGCCAGUUUCAUCUCUUACAGUCAUAGAAACUCACUAUAAAAAUAAUUUUAAAAAUAUAUAAAUAACUUAAAAAAUAAAAACAUUAUAUUAAAACAUUAAUUUUUAAAACCAUUUUUGCUUGUAUAUUUCAUUGUGAUUUUAUUAUUAUGUAUAUUUGUAAUUUGCAUUUAUGAAAUGUAUAAUAUGUAUCUUAUAAAGAUGUCUAGAGAAUUAUAUGGCUCAUUUUGAAAUGUAUAAACAUUGUUAAUGAUGAUGGGUCAUAUAAUGAAAAUUACAAUGGCCUUUUAUAUAGGUUACUACUUCAUUUUCAUUAAAUAUUAAAUAGUAAAAGUUUCAAAUACAAAUUUGCUUAUCAAAAUUUACUACUUCAAUUUGUAGUUUUUAAUUUCUUUUAAACUAUACUUUUUAUACAUUAAUCUUUUUAAAAUUGUUUGCAUUUUUUAAAAAUUAAUUAAUUUUUUAUUAAAAUGUUUGAUAAUUCAUUUUUUUAAAAUCGUUUUAAAAUGUUUUCAUAAUUAGUCCCCUAUGUCUUGUUUUAACAUUUGAUAAUAUGUCAUAGGCAAAUGGGAAUUGCGAUGACCUUUUAAAAUUAUUUUUAGCAAAAAUUGUAUUAGUUAAACCUACUUUUUACAUAUAGA